CUCUCUCUCUGUGUUUUGGUUUUAGUUGUCAAAUCGUCUGUUUUGCGUCGGAUAAGAAAUUAAUUAAAAUUCCCGCAAAAUAAUAAUGGAAGAAGAGUUCAAAGUUCCUUCACUGGACAUCAAACGUCCUGUGAAGAUUGCACAGCAAAAACCACAGCAGGAGGAGAAGAAACAAAGUGAGACAACUGACCAGGAGAAGCCAGAUCCAUCCCAGCUAGCUGAAUGCCCGUACGUGGAGCCACGAUGGUCAGGAAGACCUCCAGAUGAUUCUUCCUACUCCUUUGAGGUCCUGAAAACAGGGAUGAUCAUCGAAAUGGUUAAGGAUCUGGAGAAUAAACCGUACUGGGUAUUUGGGAGGCUGCCUCAAUGUGAUAUUCCGAUGGCACAUCCAACAGUGUCCAGGUUCCACGCUGUCCUGCAGUAUCGUCCUGAAGAUGACAAUCAACCAGAGGAUGAGGAAGCCAAGGAAUCCGAAACCGGUGAUGAUCUCAAAAAGAAGAAAAAAGUAGAAUCCGGAUGGUACCUCUAUGAUCUAAACAGCACUCAUGGAACAUUCGUAAAUAAGCAGAGGAUUCCUCCUAAAACCUACAUAAGGAUUCGUGUGGGUCAUAUUGUAAAGUUGGGUGCCAGCACACGUCAAUUUAUUCUGCAAGGACCAACAGCUGAUGAGGAGGAAGAAUCUGAACUCUCAGUGACUGAAUUGAAGGAGCUAAAGAAGCAGCAGGCUAUUGAAAUGCUGAGGAAGCAGGAAGAAGAGCGUCUUGAACAGGAAAAACGUGAGAAAGCACGAGAAGAGGAGGGAGUCAGUUGGGGGAUGAUGGAUGAUGCUGAAGACGAGGAAGUUGAUCUCUCUGUGAAUCCCUACGCUUCUACCAACAAUGAGCAGCUCUUUUUGGAUGAUCCCAAAAAGACACUUCGAGGUUUCUUUGAACGUGAAGGAUUGAACCUGGAAUACAAAUGUGACGAGAUGUCUCCUGGGACGUUUGUGUGUCGCGUGGAAUUGCCCGUGGAUGAUGCUCAGGGGCGACCAAUUGUUGCAGAAGUUUGCCAUAAAGGGAAGAAAAAGGAGUGUGUUGUUCAGUGCGCUUUGGAAGCUUGUCGAAUCCUCGAUAGGCACGGAGUCCUGCGUCAAUCCCACCAUGAACCCCUCCGCAGAAGAGUCCCCAAGUCAGAUUCAGACGACGACGAUGAUUUCCUGGACAGGACGGGAGAUGUGGAAAGGAGGAGACAGAGAAAGACAAAUUCCGGAAGCACAUCUGCUCUCAGUUAUGAUGAUUUGCUGGAGCAGCAGCGGAAAAUUCAGUCCCAGUUGGAUGAGAUUGAGCAGAAAAUUGAGAAUUUCAAGGAGUCCGAGAAAGCAGCCAAGAUGACUACACAAAAUGAAGAUGAAGACUUGGAUGACUUUAUGACAAAUCUCCGGAAUGAGAAAUUAAUUGACAAAGCUGAAAUUCGGAAGCUUCGUGUGGAGCAACAGAGACUCAUGGUUGAGCUAACAAAGGUUGAAAGGCUGGUCAAGAUUGCCACACCUCACUUGCCAUCUAUUAAAUCUCUAGCCACUGCACCGGGUCCAGGAGAGAAGAAGAAACUUGCUCUUCCGCUUUUUGGGAAGAGGACAAAGCUAAAGAAUGAUUUUGGUGUUAAACGCGAGGAAAGAAAGAAACCUGCUGAUAAUUUACCCGAAGAGGAAGUUGAAGAGGAUGAAGAUGAGAAGCAGGAGACGAAAAAUGAAAAAUCUCCGGAAAAACUGAUAAAAUCGGCUAAAGAAAAGGAAGAUUUGCCAAAGCAUGAGGAAGCUUCGGAAAAGAAAUUAAAUACCGAAAGAUUGGCUGAAAAAUCAGAAGAGGUUCCCAAAGAAGAACCUUCAAGCUCAGUUGCCAAUAAGGAGCGGCAAGAAAAGAGAAUCCUUGGUCCAACAAUAGAUCCAGAAAUUCUUCGAAAAAUAUCUGAAAUUUCCAAGCCAGAAGAUAACCUAGUUGAACAUUCAGAAAAGAGAAAACUCUCAACUUCAAAUGAUCAGGAAGCAGAUGAAGAAGACAAGAGUGAAUCAACAACGAGUAAGAAACGCAAAACACGCUCACGGAAUCGAGAGAAAACUCGCGAAAACAUUGACAUGCCCGAUGAGGACGUAGAAGAUGACUUGGAGAAAUUUUCCGGAUGGCUCCCACCGGAAGAUCAGAAGGGAGACGGGAUGACCGAACUAAAUAAGAAGCUUGGUUAUUGAACGAAUUAUUUCUCUAUUGAAACAACCUGUUGUUGACAUUAAAGAAACACUACAAUUGCA